GAGAAACUAAAACCCCACACCAAAUUUCACCUCAAACCCCAAAAUUCACACACUUCUAGUUUUCUAGGUUUUCUCCUCCAUCUCAACACUUCUAUCCACACACAAAGACGGACGCCAACACACAGCCUUUAGCUUGUAUUCACUCCGGAGUCCUCCGUGUAUUUGGUGGGUGAUAUCACCAAACUACAAGAAAUAGUCAGCUGAGCGGUUGAAUUCUUGAAAACUUGUAAGAAUGGCGUCUUCAUCGGCGAACUUGUGGGUUUUGCUAGGGCUUGGUAUUGCGGGGAUAUUGAUUAUGACGAAGAAGCUGAAGCGGACUGUAAAGGCUGAUUUGGGAGCGUUCAUAGAGCGGUUGCAGCUAUUGCCCCCUCCGCAGCCUGCCCCUCCUAAAGCUCCUCACCCUCUUACUGGCCUCUCUUUUGCGGUCUCUGAUGUAUUCAAUAUCAAAGGAUUUGUAACUGGGUUUGGCAAUCCAGACUGGUCGAGGACUCAUGAGGCUGCUCCUCAUACGUGUCCUGUGGUUGCAGCCCUUGUUGAUGGAGGUGCCACAUGCGUUGGAAAAACUGUCGUGGAUGACAUGGCAUUAGGUAUUAGUGGAGAAAGCAAGCAUUAUGGUUCACCAACUAAUCCUGCCUCACCUGCACGAGUACCGGGGGGAGCCUCUAGUGGUGCUGCUGUAGCUGUUGCUGCUAAACUUGUUGAUUUUUCUUUGGGCAUAGAUACUGAUGGUGGUGUUCGAGUGCCUGCUGGAUAUUGUGGCAUACUUGGCUUCAGACCGUCUCAUGGAACUGUCUCCCUUUCUGGUGUAAUUCCUGUUUCCGGAAGUCUUGAUGCAGUAGGGUGGUUCGCGAAGGAUCCCAGCGUACUUCGUCGUGUUGGUCAUGUGCUGUUGCAGGUUCCGUAUGCUGCACAACGCAAUCCAAGGAAUAUUGUGAUAGCUGAUGAUUGUUUCCAGUUAUCAAAAGUCCCUGCAGAGCACAUUACUCAGAUGGUGGUAAAAUCUGUUGAGAAGCUAUAUGGAAGACAAGUUUUAAGGCGUGAAAAUCUUGGUGAUUAUAUAAACUUGAAUGUUCCAAGCUUAAGUGCAUUCAAUGUCAAGCAACUAAAUGGUGAGGGAAGAUCUCCAAUAAGAUUGCUAGCAAAUGUCAUGCAGAUACUUAAGAGGUACGAGUUCAAACAAAAUCAUGAUGAAUGGAUCAACUCCGUAAAGCCCAGUCUGGAUCCUGUUAUCUUAGCGCAAAUACCUGAUGUUUCGGGUCUGACUGAUGCAGACAUUGAAAAAUGUAACACAAUCAGGAGUGAAUUGCGUUCAGCUAUUAAUAUGCUGUUAAAGCAGGAUGAUGGAAUAUUAGUAAUUCCAACCUCUUCUGAUCCACCUCCGAAACUUGGUGCCAAGGAUGUUCUUUCAGAGGAAUUCCUUAUUCGAGCAUCUACUCUUUCAAGUUUAGGUAGUAUGUCAGGAUGCUGCCAGGUUGCCGUACCGCUCGGUGUGUAUGAAAAGUGCCCAGUUUCUUUGUCACUCCUAGCUAGGCAUGGGGGUGAUAGGUUUCUUCUUGACACUCUGCAGACUGUAUAUGCAUCUCUACAAGAACAGGUUGAUACAGCUGGAAAGCCUAAAUCAUCUAGUAAAGCUGUUACACAGGAAACAUCAGCGGAGAUGGCCAAAGAAAAGGGCAAUCAAGCAUUCAAAGAUAAGCAGUGGCAGAGAGCCAUUGGAUUUUAUACAGAAGCCAUCAAACUAAACAGUAGUAAUGCAACAUAUUACAGUAACAGGGCUGCAGCUUAUUUGGAGAUGCGAAGUUUCAUCCAAGCUGAAGCCGAUUGUACUCAAGCCAUUGAUCUGGAUAAGAAGAAUGUAAAGGCCUAUUUGAGGAGGGGAACAGCACGGGAAAUGUUGGGAUACUGUAAAGAGGCAAUGGAAGAUUUCCGAUAUGCACUCGUUCUUGAGCCAAAUAAUAGAAGAGCAGCUCAGUCUUUGGACAGGCUGAAGAAGUUGUUUCAGUAGUUCAUUAUAAUGGAUGAAGCAUCAAGAAUACCUCAAGUUGCCAAAAUGUUGUUUGUGUAAACUGAGAAAUCAGUUCUUCCAUGGAGCCACUAUCAUCUUUACAAAUCCAAUUACCAAUUUGCGUUAGAAAUGGAGGUCUUGAUGAUGGUCUCCCUUUUUGUCAUGUAGCAAGAGGACCUGAUGAGAAAUACUUACCUGAGCACGGUACAUUCUCAGUAGUUGUAGUUUACAUCAUUUAUUUGUUUAGUAUAGCGCGAUUUUUGUCUCAGUUAAACUUUACAUUUCAGGUUGUAAGGUCAUUUUAUUUUUUUGGUAGUAUCCAUAUUUUCCAUAAUUUUUUUUAAAUUUCUUUUGGUCCCUCAGCUAACAAUAAACACACUCUUGUUACAUUAACCUGGUAGAAGUGAAUUCUGAUAUCUCUGGGGGAACAAUGCCUGAAAAAGUUUAUAGUUUCUCUGGUUCUUCCUGAUA